UGCAAGUGUCAAAGACAAAAUGCCAAAGAAAAAAACUGGUCAAAGAAAAAAAGCGGAAAAGCAGAGAGAAAGACAGAGGGAAAUAAGAACACAAGAGAAAUCACUUGUGGAAAGGCCAUGCAACUACAUUAUGGAAUGUGAUUCGUGUAAGAAACAACAGAAGAAUCGAGCAUUUUGUUAUUUUUGUAACACCCUACAGAGACUUCCUGUUUGUGGACAGUGUGGUAAACAGAAAUGUUUAGCUAAGAUGGGUGACUGUGUUAUCAAGCAUCCAAAUCAACAUACAGUAGGACUGAACAUGGUGGGAGCUGUAUGUGAUUUCUGUGAAGCAUGGGUUUGCCAUGGUAGUAAAUGUUUGACUACACAUGCCUGCACAUGUCCGCUCAGAGAUGCUGAAUGUGCUGAAUGUAAAAGAUGUGUAUGGGACUUUGGUGGUAGAGUGUUUAACUGUUCAUACUGUAAUAAUUUUCUAUGUGAAGAUGAUCAAUUUGAACAUCAGGCUAGCUGUCAACAGUUAGAUGCUGAAAGUUUCAAAUGUGUAUCCUGUAAUAAACUAGGUCAGGUGUCAUGUCUAAGGUGUAAGAUUUGUUACUGUGAUGACCAUGUGAGAAGAAAAGGUUUCAAGUAUCCUAAAGGUCAACCUAUUCCAUGUCCCAAAUGUGGCUUCAACACGCAAGAAACAAAGGAAAUGAGUAUAAAUACUAGGAAGUAUGACUAUGGUAGACAGAGGAAUGAUGACCAGGACGGGUAUGGCUAUACGUAUGAUGAUUAUGCUGGGUAUCAAGACCAUGACUUUGGAGGUGCUAGUGGGUUCUCCUUUGGUGGAGUAAAGUAUGAGGAAGAGGAUGAUGAAGAUGAUGACGAUGAUGAUGAAGAUGAUGAGGAUGAUGAAGAUGAUGAUGAGGAAGAAGAGGAGGAGGAGGAGGAAAAAGAAGAUUUAAAAGAUGAGCUUGAGAAAUUGAAAGUGGAUGCUGCCAAAGAUGUAAAAACAGUUUAAAGUCUGUGAUCCAGUUUUAAAAUAAUGUAUUUAUCUAUAUACAUGUACCGAAGUGCUACAAAAUAUUUAUAUCAGAAACAAAGAUUAUUUAUAUAUUAAAUUAUCCUUGUU